CCAUUUUGUCCGAUGGAGGCCCGGUUGGACGAACGGGGCGAAAAAUUAGGUGCAACCCUCGCCCAAAGAUCGUUGACGACGCAUGGGUACCAUCCAGCGGCCGAUAAUGUAGACACUGGUUUUUUUAUUGAGUGAAGUAUAAAGGCCUCCAAGACGUUACGUUAACGUUUGUAUUUAAUGUCAGUGAACGAUUGUGAAUGUCGAUGAAUUGUUAUUUCACAUUUUGCUUGAGAUAUCGAUAACUCUGAACUUAGUUUGGGGAAAAAUUGUGUGGCUAUUGACGGAAUGACUAUUGCUACGAGGGGGCAGGGGGUCGGAAUUGAUCCACCUGAGAAUCAGCAGACAACGCAGAUGCACAGUCCCCAAGGUCCUCAGCACCUGGCCGACGCAAUAUCGGGUCUCCAGCUAACGGAAACAGUAUCCCACCAGACAGACUGUCAAAAUGAUCCCUCCCUGGAGGAGAAUAAUCGACCCCGAGCGGAGCCAGAUUUUCCCCAUGGAAAACUUGCCACUCUCGACGAGAAAAUCACCUCGUCACGAUGGGUGGUACCAGUGCUCCCGGAUCAGGAGCUCCGCUGCCUCCUGGAGGCCAGCAUAGACCUCUGCAAGAGAGGAAUCGACGUACACAGCGAGGCUUGUCAGCGUUUUUUUCGUGAGGGUCUGACAAUAUCUUUUACAAAAAUCUUGACCGACGAAGCGGUCAACAGUUGGAAGCCCCACAUCCACAGCUGCAUAAACGCCAACUGCGACAGACUAGUUGAACUCUGUGUAAGAAAGCUCGAUGAGGACUGGUUUCCCCUUCUGGACCUGCUGGCAAUGGUCUUUAAUCCAAACAAUAAAUUCCACACAUUCAAUGCAGCAAGAACAUCAGCGAGUGUACCCCCAGGCAGCAAUAUACCAGAUGAGGAGCUCUACGCUCGUCCACCCCUAGAUCCGAGAAGUCCCCGAGGAUGGCUGGUCGAUCUCAUUAAUAAAUUUGGAAGUCUCGAUGGCUUCGUCAUUCUCUUAUCGAGAUUCCAAAGCAAUAGAAAUCUAACCAUACCCGUUAUUCACGCACUACUGCGACCCUUUGGCCUCUGCUACGAACUCCUCACUGUUCACACAAUAGUCAAAUACCUCAUGCCAAUUAUUGAAAUGGUGCCAGUAAUUCUGGACAAUCUCACAGACGACGAGCUGAAGAAAGAAGCUAAGAAUGAAUCCAAAAAUGAUGCCAUAUCGGCCAUAAUAAAAGCCAUGAAGUGUCUGGUGUCGCGUGUACCCAUGCAGGAGGCUAUGAUCAAGAAUCUGGAAAUAUUGAGACUGAAAAUGAUACUGCGAUUGCUGCAGAUAUCAUCCUUCAAUGGUAAAAUGAAUGCACUUAAUGAAGUUAAUAAAGUUAUAACGAGUGUCAGUUAUUAUCCACAUCGUAAUCCAGCUCUCGAGGAUGAGGAGUGGUUGACAGCUGAGAGAAUGGCCAAAUGGAUAAAGGAUAAUGGUGUAUUGGAGAUAGUGCUGCGUGACUCGUUGCAUCAGCCACAGUAUGUGGAGAAAUUGGAGAAGAUUCUUCGUUUUAUAAUUAAAGAGCGGGCCCUCACUCUGGAGGAUUUGGACGCUGUGUGGGCAGCGCAGGCGGGCAAGCACGAGGCAAUUGUCAAGAAUGUUCAUGACUUGUUGGCCAAAGUCGCCUGGGAUUUUAGUCCAGAGCAACUGGACCAUCUAUUCGAGUGCUUCCAGAUGAGUUGGAAGACAGCUAACAAGAAACAAAGAGAAAAACUCCUUGAAUUAAUCCGGAGACUUGCUGAGGACGACAAGGAUGGUGUCAUGGCUCACAAAGUUCUGACUCUCUUCUGGAAUCUAGCUCAUUCUGAUGAAGUGCCGACUGAAAUAAUGGAACAGGCGCUCAGUGCUCACGUUAAGAUUCUGGAUUACUCCUGCUCACAAGACAGGGACGCCCAGAAGACGGUGUGGCUUGAUAAGUGUGUUGAGGAACUUAAAAAUGGGGACAAGUGGUCAGUACCAGCGUUGAAUCAGAUACGAGAAAUUUGCUGUCUUUAUGAGCCCAAUCCACUCAUUGGUAACAGCCAGAGGACUCAUCACGUUUACUAUAGGCAAGAGGUGAUUGAACGUCUGCAGAAUCAGCACAGUGUUGUCAUUCUGGUAACAAACAGUUUGACCAAUUAUAUGGACAAGGUCAGGGCUCUCGUCAAAGAGACACCAGAUAUUGAUGCCACGACAUUCACGCCUGAUAGUCGUUACAAUCACGUGAUGCAGGUACAGGAAAGACUCGAUUUCCUGAGAUUUCUCCUCAAGGAUGGACAGCUUUGGCUUUGCGCUGAACAAGCCAAACAGAUAUGGCAGUGCCUCGCUGAUCAGGCUGUUUUUGUCUCUGACAGAGAAGCCUGCUUCAAGUGGUUCUCCAAGUUAAUGGGAGAGGAGCCAGACCUCGAUCCAGCAAUCAACAAGGACUUCUUUGAGAACAAUAUUCUUCAACUGGAUCCUACAUUGCUCACUGAAAGUGGAAUAAAAUGUUACGAGCGUUUUUUCAAGGCUGUUAACUCGAAGGUAGGAAAAUUGAAGUUGAAGAGACGAACAUUUCUGAUGGACGAUGUCGAUCUCAUUGGCACUGAUUAUCUAUGGCGAGUGGUUACCAACAGCCCUGAGGAAAUUGCCAAUCGUGGUAUUGAACUGCUGAAGGAAGUCAACACAAAUUUGGGACCACGACUGCAGCUGUCAGUCCUUGCAUUUCAUGAGACUUAUAUUGCUGAGUGUAUGGACAGACUUCGAGCCCAUUACGAUACAGUAACAGUUCUGAGUGAUGUGCACACUGAUGGCAAAGAGGAGACGGACGAACAGGUCUCCAACAAGAUUAAGAAUGAGGCACUGAAGAUGUGUCGUGUUAUGAAGGUCCUGCAGGAGUACAUUAAUGAGUGUGACACUGCUUUUCCCGGGGAGAGGAAGAUUUUACCUCUUCAUCGUGCUGCACGCGGCAAGCACAUGUCCCUGGUGAUUCGUUUCGUAAAUCCAGGCCGAAGUAUCGACGACAUUGAAAUCUACACCCACAGUAACGACACACUGGCAUCGCUGAGACGUCAGAUCCUCCGGAGAAUCAAGGCCAGUGGGACAAACGUCAAGCUAGAUUUAUUUAUCAAUGGAGAGUCUCUGGAGCAAGCUGACGAUAGAAAACUUUUGUCGCAAAUUCCUCUCCGAGAUAAGAUGCUACUAUCAGCCAAGUUGUCACAAAUUAACAGCAACAUGCCAAGUUCACCGGACAGCAGUUCUGACUCAUCGACAAGUUCACCACAUCAUCCAUACGAUGCACCCAAUCUAGAAGCUGAGAACAGUCUACCAGGGGUCGUGAUGUCUCAGCGUGUUCAGCAUGCCACCUUCUUCUUUCAGCUGUCAGACCUCGGUUGCUCCCUGAAGCACUCGAAUCUUCGCGAUGGGGCUCGUAAUCUCUUGCAACUGGUGCCUCCCGAUGCACUCACUGUCCUCAGGCUUCAGUGGCUCUUCGGACAUUACAAGAACGACGAGAUGUCACUGAAUCCCCACUGCAACGAACAGAAUACGAGUGUUGAUACUCUUUUCUUUGCAGCAUCUCCCAGUCAAGUUUUGUAUAAUCUCGAGGUGCUGUACACUCUGCUGAUGCCCGCACUCGAUCCCCUUUCAGAGAAAGCUUUUGAGUUUCAACUGAAUUUCAUCAAGAGUGGUGAGGCUGGUGUCAUCCUCGAGAUGCUUACGAAGAACAAGUUCCUACCAAAUGCUGAUGAGACAACCAAACGAUCAGCCUAUCUGACUGUUCUCAAACUCUGCAAACUUUUGCUGACAGUCAUUGGAAAUUUGAUGGCCUGCGUUAUGGACGAGGUGCAGCAGGCGACAAUACCAGAGAAUCAUGACACACAUUUUCAGAAUAAUCGUAAUUUAGUCGCUAUAUUGAAGCAAGCACUGCAUACUGUACCCAAUCAGAAUACUGAAUACAUGCUGAGAAGUGUUGCCACAAAAUUGGCGCAACACUUGGCGAGCCAAAUGUUGUCUGGAGGUACAGAGUCUGAUCGUUGUCGUCAAUUAUUCAUCCAGGGAUUGUCCUGGGAGCUGCCUGACAUGGCGACAAUUCGUGCCAUAAUUAAACUGGCCUGGGCAGCAUCCUCAGGGAAUUUGAAUCACGCCGAUGGAACUGUGGAGAUGCUGCAUGCCAUGCACGAGGCCAAUCAGCGAGAGCCGAAGAGCCUAGAUCCCAAUGACGUGCUUGUCUGCAAGGAGGCACUGGAGGUCCUGACAAUUGCUCUUGUAUUAAAUCCCUCUGCAUUGUCCGCACUCACGAAGGAGAAGCUGUGGCCCACUUUUCUCACUGAUCUCGUCUUGGGGAGUCCCUCCAGGGCUAUCCGAAUAGCCGCUGCUGAGCAGUUUCUUCUGAUAUUCACCUGGUGCAACUCCAAUCAUCUCUCCUUUCAGAAUACUAUUCUUCUGUUGACCGAUGUUCUCGACACAACUGUCAUCGAGAAUGCGAAGCAGAGUCACGAGUACUUCCUACUACUCUGCAAACUCCUGAGUUGUGCCCACAUAUCGGGAUGCCCUCUGAUGUCAGCUGAGACACUCCUGGAGGUGGAGGUUGCCUGGUUGAAGAAGGUUAAAGAAGCUGUAAAGGAGUCUGGAGAGAUAGUUAUAGAUGAGGCCCUUCUCGAGGGUCACUUGAGCCUCACCAAAGAGCUCUUGGCAUUUCUUCCACCAUCGAAAAAAUACGAACUCGGUUUUGAUGAAAAACGUGGGGAUAAUCUCAUCAAGGAACUCGUGGAGGACUUCAUAUUUCCAGCGUCGAGGCUUAUGUUACAGCUGAGGAGCACGGGGGAGCUGAGCUCCACCCAGGCAAGCCCGGUCUGCACAACCCCUCAAUCGACGAGUGCUGCGUUCGAUCUGCUCGUAGGAUUGUGCCUGGGAUGUGUUCCCAAUAUGAAACUUCUAGUCACAAUGCUCACUGACAUGUUUUAUUCGGAUCGCGAUGAGCCACUGAAGGAAUGGGAUUAUCUGCCACCAGUGGGUCCAAGACCUCUCAAGGGCUUCGUGGGGUUGAAAAAUGCUGGUGCCACUUGCUACAUGAAUUCUGUUCUCCAGCAGCUGUAUAUGGUGGAGAGUAUCAGGGUGGGGCUACUAAUGGCAGAGGGAGCAGCCACGGAUCUGAAUGAAGAUUUCUCGGGGGAGGAGAGGAUCGACGGGGAGCAGACAAUCGAGGCCAGUGAUAAUGACAGCAACGAGGAGAAGUGUGGAAUCGACGAGUCCAGAAAAGAGUAUAAUAUUGGAAUUCUCAAGCAAGUCCAGGCGAUAUUCGGUCACCUGGCCUACAGUAAACUUCAGUACUAUAUACCUAGGGGCCUCUGGAAGCACUUCAAGCUCCAGGGGGAGCCUGUUAAUCUCAGGGAGCAGCAAGAUGCUGUGGAAUUCUUUAUGAGUCUUGUCGAGAGUCUGGAUGAGGCACUUAAGGCCCUGGGCCACGAACAGAUCAUGGGGAAGAUCCUGGGGGGCUCUUACAGUGAUCAGAAGAUCUGCAAGGGCUGUCCUCACAGGUACUCCAAGGAGGAGCCCUUCAGUGUGAUCAGUGUUGAUAUAAGAAAUCACAGUAAUCUGCUAGACUCGUUGGAACAGUACGUUAAGGGAGAACUUCUCGAGGGUGCUGAUGCCUAUCACUGCGACAAGUGCAACAAGAAAGUUGUAACUGUUAAGCGUUUGUGUGUUAAAAAAUUACCCCCAAUUCUUGCAAUACAAUUGAAACGAUUUGAGUACGAUUUUGAGCGUGUUUGUGCUAUUAAGUUUAACGACUACUUUGAGUUCCCAAGGGAUCUCGAUAUGGAGCCUUACACCGUUAAUGGGCUUGCUAAGCUCGAGGGAGAGGUCAUAGACUGUGAUUACGAGGAAGUUAACAAGGGGACGUGUACAAAGUAUCAGUUGAGUGGAAUUGUUGUUCACAGUGGUCAAGCAAGUGGUGGACACUAUUACUCGUACAUACUUCACAGGCAGAAUGAUGGCACUGCCAAGUGGUACAAGUUCGACGAUGGUGAUGUGACGGAAUGUAAAAUGGAGGAGGCUGAGGAAAUGAAGUCACAGUGCUUUGGGGGUGAUUACAUGGGUGAGGUGUUCGAUCAGAUGUUGAAACGAAUGAAUUUUAGACGCCAAAAAAGAUGGUGGAAUGCCUACAUGCUGUUCUACACUCGUCUUGAUGUGGAGGAGAACUCACUGAUGAAAAGUGUUAACGAAUUGUCGUUGUACACUAAACUAGGAGUCAUGAAAAUGCCCCCAGCUAUUGAGCACAGUGUCAGAAAGCAGAACAUAAAGUUCAUGCACAACAGGAAUCAAUUCAGUCCUGAGUAUUUUCAGUUCAUCAGGAAAUUGGUUUCCUGCAAUCCACCUCACACAACUCGGCCAAAUCUUAAUGAUAAAUUGAGUCCAGAGGCGGAGGAGCUGGCGAUGCUGUCAGUACAAUUGGCCUCGAGAUUCUUAUUCUACACUGGAUUCCACACGAAGAAGUCUCUGAGAGGAACAGCCAUGGAUUGGUACGAUAUACUAUGCCAUCACCUGAGGAACAGCAAAGCUGUUCGUUCGUGGUUCGCCCACAAUAUCCUCUUCAAUCAUCCUCACAGGUUCUGCGAGUACCUGCUUAGUUGUCCGAGCACUGAAGUACGUUCAGCAUUUCUUAAAAUCCUGGUAUUCCUGGCUCACUUUUCCCUCCAGGACGGACCAUGUGCACUUCCAAGCCUCAAUGCCCCCUCAAUCCUCCUGGAUCCAACAGCAACACUCAGUGAUCAUCUUCUCCAUGCUGUCCUCUCGUUGCUCCAUCGAGAAAUAUCUGAUCAUGGUAAACACCUGCCUCACUACUUCUCACUGUUCCAUUCUUACGCGACUCUGGGACUGCCUGAGAAGCAGCAACUGCUUAAGCUAAAUGUCCCAGUGACAUUCAUGCUUGUGGCUAUCGACGAGGGACCAGGUCCCACCAUUAAGUAUCAGUAUCCAGAGCUCACCAAGCUCCAUCAAGUUGUCAGUAUGCUUAUAAGAUGCUGCGACGUUUCCUCCAGGUGUCAGUCGAGUCAGGCACCCUCGGGAAUGACUGUUCUACCCAAUCCCUAUGGAGAUCCCCAAUGCCAGAACGACUACCUCAUGACUAUUCAGCCACAAGCUGCUGAGAUACUCUUCACGAGAACCAGUUACAUGAAGAAACUCAUCGAGGAUGUCAACAUCACUGAGGACACUGUUAAGCUACUGCAGUACUGCUGUUGGGAGAAUCCUCACUUGUCCAGGACUAUUUUGAGUGAACUGCUGUGGCAGAUUGGCUUUGCUUACACUCACGAGUUGAGACAUCACACUGAUCUCUUGCUGGCAAUGCUCUUUAUGGAGGACUCGUGGCAGACUCACAGGGUUCACAAUGCUCUCAAGGGAGUACCUGAUGAGAGGGAGGGACUCUUUGAGACCAUUCAGAGAAGCAAAAAUCAUUAUCAGAAGAGAGCGUACCAGUGCAUCAAGUGCAUGGUACAGCUCUUCAGCAAGUGCCGACCUGCGCAUCAGUUUCUCUAUCAGAAUACUGAGAUGAAGAGGAAGUGGCUGCAUGCCAUUGACUGGCUGCAGGAUGAACUCGAGAAGAGGCCAUACACGUCUGCUCCACCUUACAGUCAUACUUAUAAUAAUUGGUCACUACCAGCACAGUCUAAUGAGUCAACUAAUGGGUAUUAUCUGGAGAGGAGUAAUUCGGCUAAGAAAACACUGGAGAGAGCCUUUGAACUUUGUCCUGAUGAGGAGCCCGAGGUCGAGGAGGCGAUUUAUGCAGCCCAGCCGGACGUAACAGUUACCCAACAAGUGCAAGAGGAACCCGAGCCCCAGCAGUCUCAACAGCAGCAACAGCAGCCUACCCCAUCUCCAGUCCAUACGAUUCACUCUUCACACCAGGUACAGACACCCCAGAAUUGUGAAUCACCACAGACAACUAAUCAGGAUCCAUAAUGAACGGUACACUUCAACUCACGAUUAUUCCGCUCUCACGAUUAAAAUCGUCACCAAUUAUUAAGAUAAAAAAACAGUGACGAUUGAAUGAAUUUACCGGAUUAAUAUAGAAAAAAAGGAAGCUAUGAGAGAUAAUUGUACAGAACUUACACCGGACUCAUCACUUGUCACAUCUGUCUCAUUAUUUUCUUUCUUUAAUUUCCAAUGGAGAUGAUUAGCAAAUGACGAAUGGAUAAUUUAUGGCCAUCUAAUCGACGAUUAAAAUUGUUGAAAGAUGAACAAUUAAAGUCAUAAAUAUGUAUAGUUAAUUGUGAUUAUUGGGAUCCAGUCUAAUGUCGAAAGAAUACAACAAAUUAAGUACCAUAAUGCGUUUUUUUUUCGUCAUUAUUCUCCAUGUAAAUUUGAACAUAAUGUUAUGUGAAAUAAAAGUAACGAGAAGAUAAGUGAGCAUUGAGGCCAGAAAUGAGUGACAUUUUUCUGUUUAUGAACCGUGCAACGCAAGAUUUUUGUACUUAAUCACUAACAUCUCGAGUGAUACCUUAUCACGCGCAUUUUUUUUUUCGUAGCAAUUAGCUUCCCACAGUUUUUUUUUCCUUUACAUUUUUUUUAUGAUGGAAGCAGAUAAACUGAAAUGUUGUGCCUUUCCUUUUGCACUAGCACCAGUCGUGAAAAUUUUUAUAGGAGAAGAGUAAUUCCCUCAAGACACCCCUCGUUCAUUGUAAAUUUACGUUAAUUCGUAAGAUUUUUCACAUAAACGAAGUGUAAUGUUUAAUGUAUUUAGAAUUGUGAAACGUUUAUUAUACGUUUUUAUAAUACGACCAUGGACGGAUCCCGGAUAAUUACCGUGUACUGAAAGAAAUUUUAUGAGUUUUUGGGGUAGAGGUGAUACAUUGAUGCAUGAGAGAUACUGCGAAUUUUACUGGAAUAUAUAAUUCUGGAAAUUAAAGGGAAUAAAGAGAUGGGGUGAAUUAUGUGCGUGGGAUGUUAGGGAAAAUUUUAGGAUUAGAAAUGGCAACGAUCGAAUACUAAUUCACUUUGGUGAUCGCGGAGAUAUUUAAGGCUCAUUUUUUUGCACUUUGAGAGUAUUAUUUAUCGUUCUCAGGGUGUUUUUGGUGGAUCAAUUGUUCUGGUAACUAUUGCACCUGCAAAUUUGGCCAUCUCAACUUGUUAAAAUUUUAAAAUUAAAAUUUACACUGAUAAUUUAACGAUUAGCAUUGAAUCUUGAGCAUUUUUCUUCUCUUUAUUCCAUUUGAUUACGAGAAUUCAAUAGUUGUAUCGCUGUAAGAUACGAGCCAUCGUAUUGGAGCUGUGGUCUCUUCUAAAAACCCAAGACAUUUGUAUUUUCAAUGAAUUACGUAUAACUCAUCACUUCGGAAAAACGAAAUUUACGAAUCGUUGGAUUGAGGCUGUUCGAUGAAUAAAUUAUAGUUUUUUUGGGGUAAUGAAAUCAUUAUUUUGAACUGAUCACAGCUCCAUUACUUGUAAUAACGUAUGUUAUAUAAAUAUUAAAUAAGACCGAAUAAAAGAUGUCACUCGAGUAGAUUGAAGUGUGACAAUCGCGUGUGUACGUGGACAAUUUAAUGAAUUCAGAGACAUUUAAUCAACGACUAUCCCACAUGACAUCCCAGAAAAGCCAUCAUUAUGAAUUGACGUUUUAUUAUUUUCAAUAUUAAACGAAAAAAAAAUUUAUUGAAAUUCACUGUUCAAUGAUUAACGAGUUGAAUUUCCCCAUCAAUAAACUUAUUGCCGAUAUUGGGUUAAAAAAAAAUAUGUACAUAUAAUAAUAACUGCUUUUUGUAUGUGAUAAAAAUUAUUAUAUUUCUAUUUUACAAUUUUGAGAGCGGAGCUGUUGUAAAUCCUGGUUUUUUUGUACACAGAGACUCUUACUAUCUAAGUUCAUCCCUUCUUUUUGUUAUUGAACAGUAUAGUUAAUAAUUAUUUAAUUAUUUAAUUAUGUCACUGAGUGUAAUGUCUUUGAGCGAUGGAUUUUAUAUUUCCCUCAAUCGACAGCAAGGACGUAUUCUCUUGAGGGAUUGGUAGAGGGGGAAAAUUAGUGUUUGUAAUUAUCAGCUGAUUGGGGAUGGAAACCUACAUUUUUAACAAUAUAGGGUUAUGAUUAUAAACAAACAAACAUUCACAUGGAAUUUCCACGUUCAUGAAAAUAGUUGAAAAAUUGGUUUUUUGUGUGGGAUUUGAAUGGCACGAGCUGAAGUCGAUACGAAGAGAUGAAAUAAUUUUCAAACAGUUGUGGCUGCCAAUUUGUUUAGAUACCGCCUUCCUAUUUCACAAGGGCCCUAUUUAACCCUUUGGAAUGACCUUCGCUUCAUUUCAUCAAACUCUCCUAAGAUGAACAAUUUUUUCAAGCCCUCUGUCAUGGAUUUCCAUUCACCCCUUUAGCUGAGAAUUUGUGAAAUACAGUCUUCCCCCCAGGCCCUUCGACAUAUUGUGCUUUUGAUUGGAUUUUGUGACUCCAAUAAUUAUCACAAAAUUUAAAUCUUUCGAAUUAGAAAUCACCAAUGGAUAGCUGAGUGCAUUGGGAUUCUAGUCAGUAAAAGCAGUGAUUAAAGCAAAAGAAAAAGGAUAAAUGUAAAGAAUAUUAAGAAGAGCAAGUCCAGUCAUCAAUGAUUGAGGUGUUUUUACACAUUAAUUUUAAACAAAUCCCCUUACUUUCUCGCUCAAGACUGCCAUGUGAAUUGAUUCCACCAAAUAACAACUGAUGGCUAUUCUCACAAUUUUUAUGGCGUAAAUUGUUCAGAGGAAUUUAGUUUUUAGCGAUGAGAGUUGAAAAAAAAUAAUACAAAAAUAUAUUAUAUGUAAAAGAUUCUUACCAAAGCCAAAAAAGAAAUGAUCAUGCCGACUUUGAUACUAACACGCUUCGAGUUUAAGAAAAAAUAAACGAAUGAUGAAAAAACGAUUGAAAAAAAAAUUGAGGAAGUGUUCAAUUAGAAUUUUUUAAUAUCAAUCGAUCUUGCAAUUCACUCGGAAAUCGAUUAAAUAAAUGGCAUGUCACUUUGGGCUACUGAAUAAAUGUACGGAACAAGAAUAAGAGAACGUUAAUACCGUAAGCAAUCAAACACCUGUACAUAACAACAUAUGAUAUUAAAAGAAUUUUAAAAAACCAAAAUAAAUGACAAAAAAUAUCGAGAAAAAGAAACUCAACAGUUAAAUAAAUUACUCGACUAACUUGAUGACUGUAACAUCUGCGCUUUUAUUUUAAUCAUAAUUUUUUGUUUGCACACAGGUCACACUGAACAAUUGAGUGUUUAACACAAUGCCAACAUGAUUAAUGUCACCAGGAGCCUUGAAAAACCUUUGAGGUUCUCAGGAAUAAAAGAGAGAUUAGAAUAAUCGAGUGAAUAAUGCACUUUUAAUGCGAUUGUAUUUAAAGAGAUGAAAUGUCUUGGAGGAGAAUGUUUCUACUCAAAAAUAUAUAUAAUUAACGCGUAAACGUUGUACUGUAAAUAAAAUAGGUAUUUACAUGGA